UCGAAGGAAUAAACAAAAUAGUUAUAGAUGAUGGUUUGGGCUUUCAGUGUCACCCUAUCUGUACAACAACUCGUGGAUUGUGACCCUGCUAGCAAUGAUUGUGCUGGAGGCUUUUACUUCAAUGCAUUUGGUUACGUUAUAGAUAAUGGUGGCGUUGACACAGAAGCUCAUUAUCCUUACAUAGCCCAAAAUAGUACUUGCAAGGCAAAUGCAAACAAGGUUGUUAGUAUAGAUAACCUUGAAGUUGUGGUUGGACGAGAAGAAGCUCUUUUGUGCCGUGUUAACAAACAGCCUGUUAAUGUGACCAUAGAUGCAACUGGCCUUCAAUUUUAUGCGGGUGUAAGUAUCUUUAUUUAUUGACAAGGGGUUAAUUGAAUAUUAAUAAUGUUUAUAGAUUAAAGGUUAUUCAAAAUUAAAAACUUUGGGUAUGUUUAAUGUGUAUGCUAAUUGUGUAAAUUCUUGUGUUCUCAUAAUCACAUAAUGGAGGUGAGUAAUACAAGUAUAAGUGUGAAUUGAAAUCACACAUCUAAGUAAAAGUAAAAGUGAAAAAAAAAAACUUACGAGAAAAAGACUAUGGAAAGAAAGGUUACCUCUUAAUAAAAAGGAAUGAUAGCGAUGAGUGGCCUUAUGGUGUAUGUCCCAUCAAUGCUGCGCCUGGUUUUCCAAUCAAAGAGGUUGCAUCAUCUUUGGCUUUAUAGUGAAUUAGAGCAUGGAGUACUAUCCAUCCUUUUGAAACCUAUAGGUUUCUCUAACCACACCAACAUUUUGUAGUCUUGUCUUGGAUCCGGCCAUAUAUAUUACUACUUAUGUACUUGCCCUUUCUCCAAAAAUGAUAACGUUUAUGAACUACAAGUGCGUUUUGUAAUUCGGGUUAAGGUGCAUGCUUUAAUAUAAUAAUGAAUGGUGGUAGUUCUACCAGUUGGCUUGGGUUAAUUUAUUUCUUGGAGCAUAUUCAUAACUGGUUUAUGACUUGUAAGCGAAAAUUUCGUUAGUAAAAAUGUUAAGCAGAGGUAU